UCUCUCUCUUUCAGAAAUGGCAGCAAACACCUCCCUGCUCUUCCUCCUGACCCAGUCCCCCUCUAAGGGAGAGCCAGGCGUCCCCAGCCUAGCGGACUCCUACACCAGACCGGUGCUCAUCUUCCUCUACAUCCUGAUCGUCUUCCUGGGGACCGCGGGCAACGCGACGGUCGUCUGGACGGCGUGCUUCCGGCUGCCGCCGACGGUCACCAGCGUGUGGCUGGCGAACCUGGCGGCGGCGGACCUGGCGUUCAGCCUGAGCCGCGUGCCGUCGCUCCUGCGGGAGCUGGUCUACCGGCACUGGCCCUUCGGCGCGGCGCUGUGCAAGGCCAGCGGCCUGCUCAAGUACGCCAACAUGUUCUGCAGCGUCUUCCUGCUGAGCGCCAUCAGCGCGGACCGCGCCCUGUGCGUGCGCUGGCCCGUCCUGGCCCGGCGGUGCCGCUCGCCCGCCGCCGCCCGCCUGGUGAGCGCCGGGCUCUGGCUGCUCGCCGUCGCCCUCGGCGUCCCCUACUCCGCCCACCGGCGGGCCGAGGGCGGCCGGAACAACCUGACCAAGUGCUCCAUGGAGCCCCGGGAGAGGGAGGGCCUGGAGGGGGCCAAGCGGGCCCUCUACGCCCUGCGCUUCCUGUGCGGCUUCCUGCUCCCCUUCCUGGUCAUCCUGGGCUGCUACUCCGCGGCGGCGCUCGGGCUCCGGCGCACCAGGCUGGCCCGCAGGUCCAGGCCCCUCCGGAUCCUGGUCUGCCUGGUCACCGCCUUCUUCCUGUGCUGGGCGCCCUACCACUGCCUCCUGCUGGUCAAGCUGGUGAACGGCAAGAGCCCGGCGGUGAAAGCGGGGCUGACGCUGGCCAAGGGGCUGGCCUACUUCAACAGCUGCAUCAACCCCGUGCUCUACUUCUUCAUGGGCCUGGACCACCGGAGGCGGCUCCGGCAGGACUUUUUUGGGGCGUGCCGGAGAGCCCUGGAGGAGGACGGAGAGGGCCCCAAGGGCCCGGCUGGGGACCGGGGGCAGGGGCAGAGCUUGGUCCCCUCAACUCCGGCAGGGGCAUUGACAGAACCCUUGGGAUUGGCUUCCACAACAGUUUGACUGAACAUGAGCAUCAAUGUGAACUAUGUGAUCUUUUUUUACAUAUUGUUUUGGACAUUGGUCUUUUUGGACAUGUGUAUAAGCAUUGGUCUUUUUGCACAUUUAUAUUAGCAUUGAGUCAAAACAUUACGGUUAUGGUUAUAGUUCAAAACGCUUAUGGUUAAAUUGGAAGGGUGAAGGAGAUUUUU